UUACGUUGUUGUGGACUUAGCCUGCUUGUGAGUGUGAGCUCAAGCAGUCGGUAAUGAAAAGCUGAGACAUGACUGGCGGCGUUGUUCAUCAGGCUCGAAAAGUUAACGGGGCUCAGCACGUCGAGUGUAAACACGGACGUGUCAAGUCUGAGUCCCGACCUUACAUCGUCAGCAAUUUCAAAGGACAGAGGAAGCUCGUGAAGGGAUCAACGUGUGAAGACCUCUUGGCAAGCGGCUGCAAACUGUUUGACGUGCCGAGGACAGACUGCAGGCUCGUUCUGGAGGAUGGCACCGAAAUCGACGAUGAGUACCUCGCUACGUGUGGUGAUUACACGGUUCUGGUCAUCUUGAAGACAUCUGAACAGAUAAAGUACACUCAAGUGAAAGCACAACAGAUGAUUGCCAACAUCGGGAGGUUGCUCGCAUCUGGCCCCCAGAAACUCAACAAGAUAUUUGAUCCGGUCAAGGACGAGCUUGUCAGCAAGAUGCUCGGGCACAUUCAAUCACUCGAGGCCCCUCGAGACCUGGUCCUAGCUGACAGCAAGCAAGAGGAUCCAAAGUGGUUUGAAGGGGAGAAGCGGGCAGUGUCAAAGAGGUCUGUUCUCAGGGAGAGAGCCAAGACACGAAUCAAGGGAUACUACUACAAGUCUAAAGACGAAAUGCAGAAGAGACUUGGCGAGAACGAGAGGGCUUGCGUACGUCACCUGUUUGAGGAGUUUCUGCAGCUACUCAAGCAGAACGACCACAAUGGCCACUACUUUGUGCGUGGCGACACAGGUGCACUUUGCCUAAGUGAUGGCCAGUUCAGCUGCCAGGGGACGUUCAGCAAGGACCAGUGCUCUGGACGGCUUCACGUGAUCAACCCAUAUGCCAGCAGAGAGCAGCUGGUCAUAUUCAGCACAUGGAAUUUGGAUCACAGAAUUGAGAGGUCCAGAUCCAUUCUACCAACCAUGUCUAAAGCCAUUCAACUCGCCGAUGGAAGAACUGUCAAUGCCGAAUACUUCUACCGGCUUCUGUUCACAACUGAAAACUUGAAGCUCGUCCAUCCUGUUUGCCACAUUAAGUCGGAGCACGAUGGUUAUUGCUGCGACCCAGGAAGCUGGUACACUGAUAACACGACGCAAAAUGAUGGGCGUGGUGACGAAUCCGUCAAAAGGAUGCGAAAAAGCGAACAAAGCUCGGAGUGACUAAGAGGCAAAAGGAAAUUGGGUUGUGUUUUGCUGCUGAGCGUAGACUGGUGAACAACCUGUAUUGCCUUGCAGAAGGUGUUGCAUGUCGCGAUGGUUCCAUGGCACUUUGUUGCUGGGCAUCAGUCCACGAGUUUGGUUCCCUGCUGUAGAAACCACAUUAGGGAGGAGGCCUGAAUGCAAAAACGCUCGUGCACUUAUGCGCAAACCGAUGAAGUCAAGAGUUAAUCUGAGAGCCCUUGAUAUGUGGCAUCUCGUAGCGUGUGUCGUCAAUCUAUCAACACAAUAUGUCGCAACAGGUGGCCAAGCCCAAUUUUUGCUAUCAUCGAAGCCAUACACAUAAAACAGGCCACAUUUAAGCAAUCAUUGUGUUAAUGUUACCGCUCACCUUCUGUGAGCACUGCAACCUUGUAUUGCACUUUGUACAUAAAUAUCUGUCAAGCCUUUUCGCCUAUUUAUAACGGUGAAGUAAGGUAUUUGGCAGAGUCAGUUCAUUCUCAUUUACACAAGAUCAUCCGGUGAAAUUUAUGCCGAGUCUGGCACCAUUUUAAUUCAUGGCUUUUUACAGCAAUGCACUUGUCAAACUGCUCUCUUUGAAUCAGCAUAUGCCAAACUACACGUGACGGUAAAAUCUCAGAUAUCCAAGCACAGUGUGAAAAAGUUGUGCUGCAAUUGCCAUUUGUGGACAUUUUUUAAAUUCUUUACCAGACUGUGAUCAUUGUUACCAGACUGUGGCUGUUAUGGAGUGAAUCGAAAAAGAUGGUCGUGCACAGAAAAGAGUGAUGCGGUUGAAGUUGUGGGGGAAAAAAAUCAAACAUGCCUUUUGUGUAUCGUAUCACAUGUCUCUUGGCAUGUCUUUUCAUGUAAAUCUUUUUUAAAGCAUACUCUGCAACAAACUUCCUUCCUGUGACAGUAUUUUAACUUUGGGCCAUAUGAAUGUCUGAUUGCAGACUCGGUUAUUUUGACACUGCCAACAUAGAGUAUAAAUUGUGUAAGAACGACAAUGAUGUCUUUCCUUAUGGCAUCAGCAAGCAUUGCAUAGCUUGCUAAUGAGCUUAACUGAUGCAUUGAAUUGCAGUGAAAUCUUUUAAUGAUAGUGUGUGCCCGGAAUCAUCUCUAUUGUUGAUCUCAAGACUGUUCUGCAAUUGUACCUCUGAAGAUUUUUGGAA